CAGCAGCCUCUCGAGCCUCGCCGAGCGCCGGCCCGCGCCCGCGUGCCCGCGCCGGGGGACACCCGCGGCGGCCCCGAAGGAUGCAGGUGCAGGCGCAGGUGCCCCUCGGCGUGCGGCCAGGCCAGACGUUCACGCUGCAGACCUCGCACGGCCUCGUGCCGGUGGUGGUGCCUCCCGGCGCUUCCCCCGGGCAGCAGGUGGUCUUCACGGUGCCCGCGCACCCCGCCGCUGUCGUGGGCAACCCAGUGGUGCAUGGCAGCGUGGCGGGCUCGGCGCCGCCGCCGCAGCUGGGGAUGGCCGAGGCGGGCAGCGGUGCAUCCGCGCCCAAGGGCUACCGCGCGGAUCCGCUGACCGCCACGGCGGACGGGCUGCCCCUGCUGGCGGGCAUCCCCGUGGAGAAGCAGGAGCAGAAGCUGAGCGAGAUCCGCCGCGGUGGCGAGCUCGUGCGGGAUAAUGCGCCGUUUCCCGCGCGGCGCACGUACCGCGACGCGGUCUGGGGCGUCCUCUUCGUGGCCUUGGCCAUGGCCAUGACCGUCGGAGCGGUGUAUUUCGGCAGGUCCCUGUCCAGCGAUGCACAGGUGGACCUGUCGAGCGAGGACGCUGAGUGGAUCGCCAACACCGUGUACGCCGGCUUGGCCGGUGGAGUGGCCUCGCUCGGGGCAGCCAUGGCGUACGUGUGGCUGGCGAGCACCGCACCCGCGUGCAUCGUUUGGACGUCUCUGUUGUUCAGUCCGGUGUUGAUGAUCGUGAGCGGCCUGGUGUUCUUGGUGGCGGUAUCGGCGGUUGCGGGCCUCAUUUUGAUCAUUCUGGGCAUGCUGUGCCUCAGUUGCGUCUUCUUCUGCUACCGCCCGCUGAUCCCGUUCAUGAUAAAGAUCGUGGAGGUGGUGUCCAGUGUGAUCCGAAUUCACCCCUGCGUCAUGGCCGUGUCCUUGAUAGGCUCGGUUGCUGGCAUCGUCUGGACUGCCAUCUGCAUGAUCACGUUCACGGGUGCAUAUCUGGAGUUCAAGAACGAGGCGGAGGACUUAACUUCCACGGCGCAGUACGUCCUGUACUUCUUCGCAGUCCUGAUCUUCAUCGUUGGCGGGCAGGUCGCGUAUUACGUCUGUCACGUGACGUAUUGUGGCGUGUUCGGUCGUUGGUACUUCGGGGUGGACAGGGAGGGCGGCGUGCUGGGGAGGAGCCUGAGUGUGGCCCUGACCACCUCCUUCGGCAGCAUCUGCUGCGGGUCCUUCCUCAUUGCUGCGGUCCGGGCCCUCGAGGCGGUCCUCCGGAAGGGCAGGUCGGACGCGCAGGACUCCGGCAACGUGGUCUGCUGCGUCGUCCUCUGCUUGCUGGAGUGCGUCAUCUCGUGCAUCGGGGACCUCCUCGAGUACUUCAGCGAGUGGGCGUACGUGCAGGCCGCCGUGCGCGGCACCUCGCUCGUCGAGUCCGCGCGCAUCACCCACAGCCUGAUGACGUGCGCGAACCUGCUGUACGUGGUGCAGGACCUCCUCGUCAACGCCGUGGUCAACCUCGGGGCGGUGCUCUGCGGCCUCGUCGGGGGCGGCGUGGGGGCCGCCGUGGGCUUCGCCGCCUCCGGGGCGGACGCCGCGCUGUCGGGCGGCAUCGCGGGCCUCCUGGCGGGCCUGCUGGCGGGCGGCGCCGCCGCGGGCAUCAUCUCCUCCGGGACGAAGGCCAUCCUGGUGCUGUGGGCCGAGAACCCCGCCCCGCUGGAG